UGAUAUUGGGCCGUGGUUUUAAAGCCGCCAUAUAAAAGCAUUGUUAUUAGCCUGAGCCCUAAUUGUGUUUUCUGCAGGUUCCGCCACAACCCUGUCGUCAUGGUCAAGUACUCAAGAGAGCCCGAUAAUCCCACCAAGUCAUGCAAGGCUAGAGGUGCUGAUCUUAGAGUUCAUUUCAAGAACACUAGGGAAACUGCCUUUUCAAUCAGGAAAUUGCCUUUGACAAAGGCCAAGAGUUACUUGGAGGAUGUUCUUGCACACAAACAAGCCAUUCCAUUCAGGCGUUUCUGUCGUGGUGUUGGGAGGACAGCUCAGGCCAAGAAUAGACACUCUAAUGGACAAGGAAGGUGGCCUGCCAAAUCCGCCAAGUUCAUUCUAGAUUUGCUCAAGAACGCAGAGAGUAAUGCUGAAGUGAAAGGUUUGGAUAUUGAUGCUCUAUACGUGUCUCAUAUCCAAGUUAAUCAAGCACAGAAGCAAAGACGUCGAACAUACAGAGCCCAUGGAAGAAUUAACCCUUACAUGUCAUCUCCAUGCCACAUAGAGUUGGUAUUAUCUGAAAAAGAAGAGGCGGUCAAGAAAGAGCCUGAGACCCAGUUGGCACCAAGCAAGAAGAAGGCUUAAUCUCUUCAUUGCUGGGCUUAAACUCUUCAGGUGUACCAAUAGAAACUUUUUUUGAUUAAUACUAAUAUGAAAUUUAAGGUAUCACUUGUUUGGUUGCCACUUAUUUACCUUCAAUAGCUUAAGGAUUGCUUGUUACGGGAACUAAUUCUAUGGUUUGCAAGCUGAAUGCUUUAUUUCUGUUGAUAGCAUCGCAAUAGCCAAUCUUUUGAGCAUAA